GAUCACAUUCUUAUGAUUAUGGCUGACUUUAUGCAAAUCAUCAUAUGUACUUGAUAUUCAAGUGGUAUGGCAGACAGGAUGUCUAAUGAUCCAUCGACACCAACACAUUCACCAGCCAAGACACCAGUGGUGCCCACACGAUCUUCCCCACGCACGAAUACGGUGAAAUCCCUGGCCGAGCCUACGUCCCGAGCCUUGAAAAUAAAAUGGACUCCCGAUAUGGAUCAGGCUAUGAUCGACACAUUUUUGGAACAAGUGGCAUUGGGACGCAAGGGCGAUAACGGUUUCAAACGUGAGGCGUACCAAAUUGCCGCCGACGCUAUUACAAAGCAUACAAAUGUAGUCCUCAAAUGGCAAAAUGUCUCUAACCGACUAAGGUAUUACAAGAGGGAGUACACUACAGUGAAGGAUAUGCUGGCGGCGAGCGGGUUCGGAUGGGACAACGAGCGGAUGGUGGUGACGACUCCUGAUGAAGUCUGGGAGGAAUAUCUUAAGUCUCACCCCCGUGCAGAGAAAUUCUGCGAUAAACGGAUUGAGAGAAUGGAUGAUCUUGCAACUAUCGUCGGUUCGAACCAGGCAUCGGGACAUUUUGUCCAAGGCAAUAGGAGUAUAGCUGCACCAGCAUCAUCAUCUCGUCUUCAAUAAGAACUUAAUGAUGCAUGGAGAGAGCUGGAUGAUAACCUCGAUAAUACAAUUGACCUGUCAGAUGAUUUUGUCACAGACUCCACAGGGACCAUCCCAUUUUCGCCAGACAGUCCUUCGAUUGGACAACACGACUCACGUAACACUCCCACUCACACAGCUAAUUCUAAUACCACUCAAAGUGGGAGCGCAGGGAGGAAACGAUCGCGCCCUCCUCGUCCUUUUGAAGUACUUGGGGCCUCUUUGCAGACCGUUGCCGACUCAAUGCUUAAAUUUGGCCUCGACAAGUCGGUGAAUCGUUCUUCUAAAGUACUUGAUGUACUAGAAGAGGUCCAGGGCCUGACCAACUUAGAGUUUUUUAAGGUUGGUCAGCUCUUGAGUAAGGGCAAGGA